AUGAACUCUAGGAUUUUUAGAUUCUUUUCUCAGUUGAAAUUCCCACCGACCUACCCUGAGGACCUUUCAGCCUUCAAAAGGAUGGUUUAUUACAGAUGUACAAGGGCCGGCAUAAAAGAGGUGGAAUACAUCUUGAAAGAGUGGGCUGACUUAAACUUGGAACAAAUGAAUAGAGAGCAGCUCAUCCAAUUCCAAGAUGAAGUUUUGAAUACAGAGACUCCCGAAUUACUGAAAAUCUUGAUGGGACAAUCUGAGCAUCAAGACAAAUUUUAUUUGGUAAAUUUGAGAAAUUACGUGGAAAGUAAACUUAAUUCACAGUCUAAUCCAUAA